AUGCGUCUGUUCGUGAAAUCUUUUGAAACCAGGUCUAUCGACACCGUCAGCUGUCCGACGGUUGCACACUUAAAGAUCCAUCUUGCGAAUGUUGAUAGAUUACCACUGGACAAUAUUCAACUGUACUACGGCUCUUCCUUGAUUACUGACGCUGAACGUCUUGAUAGCCUUGCUCCGGACUCCAGUGUGGAUGUAAUCGUCCCCAUACUUGGUGGCAAGGUUCAUGGGUCUCUUGCUCGCGCCGGUAAAGUGCGCGGUCAGACUCCAAAGGUAGAAAAGCAGGAGAAGCGCAAAAAGCCGCGAGGCCGGGCGAAACGACGCAUGCAGUAUAAUAAGCGGUUUGUUGCUGUGGUGCAGCAAGUUGGGGGUCGCAGGCGUGGACCUAAUGCCAAUGUAAAGAACUGA